AUGACGUAUUUUUUAUUCUUAGCUGCAAAAGCUGGCUUAGUCGGCUGGUUAACUGGAUCCGGUGUUCUGGUAUCUUUAAGGUUUGCGGUAGGUGGUUGUGUUGUGACUCUUCGCUUAGGCUUGAUUCUUGUAACUUUUCAUGUACACGUUGCGGUCACUACACCACAAACAGUUUUUGGAGUGCUUCAUGAUGAACAUGAUUUGCCCUUGGGCAUUUUCUCUGCGGUCGCAGAGCGUUUCAACUUUUUUUUUUAUCUCGACGGCAUCUGA